UCGAUUCUUUUCCAGGGUAUAAAUCGAGUUGAAAAUCCUCACAGAGAUUCAAUCCGUAGCAGUUCGUCUCUCCGGCAUCAUGAAGAUUUUCAUCUGCAUCAUCGCUAUCGCCCUGACGAGAUCAGCCGUGUCGCAGCAGCAGGCGCCGUCUGGCUCGUUCGACCGCCUGCCGCAGAAUCAGGCGAUCAGUCAGCUGUCGUCUGCGCAGAUGCAGCGCUUCUUCAACAACGCAGACUCAGUGCGGGUGCUCACAGGCUGCUUCGCCAACCUUGCCGCCUGUCCUAACCCCACGGCAAGCAGCAUCGCUGGACAAAUCCUGAGCCUGGGAGCCGGCGGGAGCUGCGCCCCCUGCAGCGCGGCGGAACAGAGCAACAUGAACGCGCUGGUGAAGUUGUUCGUGGAGAGCUACCGCACCAAGUACCCCGCGCAGUUCGAGCAGGUCAAGCCAUACAUCGCCCACGUCUUGCAGAACUAAACUAACCUGCUGGUCGCAUCACUAAAAUUGUGGAACAUGAUUUUAACCUAUUUGAUUACAAAAAGGUCCGCUUAUAAAUUUUAGCGAAGCAAAAUUUGUCCUACAAAUUGAGGCACGUCAGCUGAACUUCAAGUGAUAGUUGAUCAUUGAAAUUUUAAUAUUAUUAGGCUUCUGGUGAAUUUCGUCAGGAAAAAAAUGUUUGGCAUAAGGGAAAUAGUAAAUCAUGGAGACUGUCACGAUAUAUUUCUUUAUCCAAUCUGAAUAAGAGAGUAUUUUUUCGAUUAUCGUAAAUAUUGAGAAUUUUGAGCGAUCAUUCGGUGUCAAUCCAAUCAUGAUUGCAUAAUACGGCCUACGUUCUCAUUCCAUAAACCCACAGGGUUGAAAUGGAAAGGAAUUUUUGAUACAUCGGAUUUCAUUCAUUGGUUUCAGUCUUUAAUAUUAACAGAAGUUGAGAAAAAUUGUUACAAAAUUUAUUAGUCAUCUUGCAUGUCACACGUAAUAAAGAAGAUUUUCCA